AAUGCCAUCUUGAUAAUGGUACCUGUUGAAAGAUGACUUUCGAGUUUCGACAGUUAGUUCUGUGUUUUAGAGGUUGUGGGUAGUAUUUGUACGUAAACUAGCUGAGGUGUCAGUACAUGUUCGCUUACGAUGGCAAAGUAUUUUAAAGCGUUGCAUCCACGUUUAUUAAGAGGAAGUUUCAGGAUACAGCAAAGAUGUAUGUCUAAAUACUACCCUAUUGACGAAAAUGUUUACGGCCUUAACGCAGAACAGAGAGAGCUUCGCCAGACUGUCUUUAAUUUUGUCCAGAAGGAACUUGCACCGAAGGCUGCAGAAAUUGACAAGAAAAAUGAAUUUUCUGAAAUGAGGGAAUUUUGGAAGAAGCUUGGUGACCUUGGAAUGCUGGGUAUGACAGUCCCUACAGAAUUUGGAGGAUCUGACCUGGGAUAUUUAAAUCAUGUUGUAGUUAUGGAAGAAAUAUCACGUGGGAGUGCAGCAGUUGCUCUUAGUUAUGGGGCACAUUCGAAUCUUUGUGUUAACCAAAUCAACAAAAAUGGUACACAAGAACAGAAAGCAAAAUAUCUUCCUAAGCUGUGUUCAGGGGAGCACAUAGGUGCCCUAGCAAUGUCUGAACCUGGCUCAGGGUCUGAUGUGGUGUCUAUGAAGCUUCAGGCUGUGAAGAAGGGAGACUAUUAUGUUUUAAAUGGCAAUAAAUUCUGGAUUACAAAUGGACCAGAAGCAGAUGUGCUUGUGGUAUAUGCCCGUACUGAUCCAAAUGCGGCAAAGCCACAACAUGGCAUAUCAGCAUUUAUUGUGGAGCGAGGUAUGGAGGGUUUCCGUACAGCACAGAAGCUGGACAAACUUGGCAUGCGUGGUUCUCCAACAGGGGAAUUGAUUUUUGAGGACUGCAAGGUUCCUGCUAGCUCAAUGCUAGGAAAACUGAAUGGUGGCAUCUAUGUCUUGUUUAGUGGACUGGAUCUUGAGCGACUUGUUCUUGCGGCUGGUCCUGUUGGAAUAAUGCAAGCUUGUUGUGACAUUGCAUUUGAGUACUUGCAUGAGAGAAAGCAGUUUGGGCAGAGAAUUGGAGAAUUCCAGCUUAUGCAGGCCAAGAUUGCAGACAUGUAUACUUCCCUCAGUGCCUGUCGCAGUUACGUGUACAAUGUGGCUCGCGCUUGCGAUAGUGGCAGUGUCAACAGAAAAGAUUGUGCUGGUGUAAUUCUCUACUGCAGUGAAGCUGGUACACGUGUUGCACUUGAUGCAAUUCAGUGUCUUGGUGGAAAUGGAUAUAUAAAUGACUAUCCAACUGGCCGUCUUCUGAGGGAUGCAAAGCUGUAUGAGAUAGGAGCGGGCACUACUGAAAUCAGAAAACUUGUGAUUGGCAGAGCUAUCAAUGCUGAAUACAAAUAACAGACAAGCCGUAUAACCAUAUCAGAUUGUGCUUUUUAUCUGUGGUGGUUUUUCAAUUAAGAAUUUGUACAAAUUUAUUUUAUAUGCCAUGUAUAUUUUUAUCAUUUACUGUAUCUUGACAAUAAGUUGUGAUAUAUGGAACCAUAAAAAGCUUCUCUUUACUUAUGGCUAUUGUUUUAAGAAAAAUAUAUGUUGGAAAGUUUACAUAAUUAUAUAGAAAGAGAAAAAUGUAUAUAAUUCAGAUGAUAAAUCAUGGAGAAAGAUUUCAAAGAUCAGGCCAUUGUUAUGAAAUAGCUAAGUGAUAUAUUUGAAUAUCCAACUGUGGUUACGAGACUCAAGAAAACAAUUAUUAAAACAGAACAGAAAUUUAUUAACGGAAACUAUUUUGUGGCAGGAUAUACAAAGCUGACCAGUACAGAUUUAUAAGCAAAACAUUCCACUGCGUUAAAACUAUUUUCACAGUUCAUAUUUUUAUACAGACAUUGAUUAUAGUUUCAGCUCACUCAAUAAACAAAAAUAUAUCAUUCAUCCAGAAAAAGA